GGCGGUGGCGGUGUCGCCAUGAGCGCUCCCGGCCCCCAUCCCGAGCCCGCCGCGCCCGGCCCCGAGCCCGAACCCGCCGCUCCCCAGCCCGCCGCCGGCUCCAGCCUCGGCCCGCUGCUCCGCACGCUGGAGGACCCCGACGCGCCGCCGGGAGAGCUGACGGACGCGCAUCUCACCAUCGUUAGUCGCUUGAGUGGUGAAGGAGGCAAAGCAUUCACGGCAGAAUUCAGGAAACACUUCCCUCAGCUCUGCAAGGUGUUCAAGGCACACAUUUCCAGUCCAAACUUGGAGCUCAGUAAUGCAGCAUUGCAGGCCUUGGGCUUCUGCACUUUCAAUUCAAACAACACAGCUGAAUUAUCUGGCCCCGAGGCGCAGGAGCUGCUGGCAGCCGUCAACAGCGUGGCAAUGAAAUGCUCCGACAAGAACACCCGCACCCGGGCACUCUGGGUCAUCUCCAAGCAGGCUUUUCCUCCUGGAAUUGUUAGGAAGGAGGUGUCCAAUGUUCUCUCCACGCUGGAAACAAUCCUGACUAAAGGAGAAGCUCAGUCUGUUGUGGUUGAGUAUGAAGCACUUAAUGUCAUCAUACGCUUGAUGGAGCAAGCUCCAGGCCCGAUGGGGGAAGAGGCAGUGAGGUGGGCCAGGCUGAUCCUGCCCCUGGUGGUUCACUCCUCCCACAAGGUGCAGCUCCGAGGCGCCACUGCCCUGGAGAUGGGCAUGCCCCUGCUGCUGCAGCGGCAGCCCGAGGUGGCCGCGGUCACCGAGCACCUGAUGACCACGAAAUUAAUUUCCGAACUCCAGAAAUUAUUUUCAUCCAAAAACGAGACCUUCGUGUUAAAGCUGUGGCCGCUGUUUGUCAGACUGCUCGGCAAGACCCUGCACCGCAGCGGCAGCUUCAUCAACUCCCUGCUGCAGCUGGAGGAGCUGGGCUUCCGCAGCAGCUCCCCCGUGGUGAAGAAAAUCGCCUUCAUCGCAUGGAAGAGCCUCAUUGAUAACUUUGCCCUGAACCCAGACAUCCUGUGCAGCGCCAAGAGGCUGAAGCUGCUGAUGCAGCCCCUGAGCUCCAUCCACGUGAGGACGGAGGCGCUGGCCCUGACCAAGCUGGAGGUCUGGUGGUAUUUGCUGGUCAGGCUGGGGCCUCACCUGCCCUCCAACUUCGAGCAGGUUUGUGUCCCUCUGAUCCAGAGCACGCUGAGUGUGGAUCCUGCUGCUGCCUUCCCAGGGACGCCCUCCCGGCCCAGCAACCCCAGCCUGGCCUCAGCGACCCCUGGGCAGAAACCAGGCACGCCCAGGGCGGCGCUGGGCAGCCCGGCAGGGGCACAGCUCUGCCCCUCCAUCCAGCUGCUGGGCAUGGAGAUGCUGCUGCACUUCCUGAUGGGGCCGCGCGCCGGAGAGUUCGCCCGGGACAACAAACUCGUGCUCAGCUUGGAGCCCCUGCAGCACCCUCUGCUCUGCAGCCCUUCCUUCUUCUGCAAGCACGCGGGCACCCUGCUCUGCGCCGUGCGGGACGGCGUCGUGGCCGUGGGCAAGGAGGUUCCUGAUUGUUUGCUGAGCGUUAUCUGGAAGGACAUCAAUGGAUUUGUAAGAGCAGCAAUUGAAGCAGGAAAUAAGAAAGAGAAGGGAGGCUCAGAAGUUCUGACCAUGUUGCUUCAGGCCUUAAAGAAAAUUGUGAGCUCCAAUUCUCUGCCCGUGCACAAAGUCCUGUCUCUCAUUGACAUCACUGUCAAGGAAUUGCCUCCCAAAGUUUUGGGCUCCCCAGCGUACCAGGUUGCUGAUAUGGAUCUUUUCAAUGGCACCCCAGCUCUGUUCCUGAUCCAGCUGCCCUUCCAGCACGGCCUGCUGGAGUGCUGUGUGACAGACGAGAGGUUCUUUGGGAUCCUGCAGGCCCUGGUGGGCUUGGCCCUGGCCGGCCCCACCUCGGCCCUGGCCUUCAGCGAGUCCGUGCUCGCCGUCAUCGAGCAGAGCGCGGCCCAGCUGGGCAGCAAGGAGCACCUGUGCAGGAUGUGGGGCAUCGUGGUGAGCCCGCUCACCGAGUGGAUCAAUCAGAAUAACGAGGUGAACCAGGGGGAUGCCCUGGAGCACAAUUUCAGUGCUGUGUACAGCGCUUUGCUGCUGCCAGUGUGCCACAUUUUCCCCGCCCAGGGAUUCCCACAGGCCGCCCUGAGGCCGUUGCUGCGCUCCUGGGCUGAGCUGUACCGCGCCCUGGCUCGCUGCGCUGCCCUGGUGCCAACAGCAGAGGAGAACCUGUGCUGUGAGGAGCUGUGUGCCAAAAUCCUGGCUGGCCUCGAAGGUGAAACCCCAGUCGAGCUCCCCAUGCUGGAGGGUCUCACCCACCUGGUCUCAGUCAUGGUCGACUGCAUCAACUUUGCCCCCUACGGCCCCAAAUUCCAGCCCAAAACCAGAUCCCCGCAGGCCCCCACGGACUGGGCCAGGAAGAAGAAGGAGCCCCUGGGCAAGCUGAGCUCUCUGCUGAGGCUGCUGCUGCUGCUGCUGGAAUCCUUCCACGCCCUGAGCCACGGGCAGCGGGCAGAGCUGCUGCUGCCACCGGGGCUGGCACUGCUCAGUGCCCUGCACAGCAUCGUGUGCCACCUGGGCCUGCCCUCCCUGCUGGGCACCGCCCUGGGCACCCUCGCCCAGCCCCUGGCGCUCUUCUAUGAGAAAAACAGGCUCCCUGAGGUUCCCAAAGUGUACAGCAACCUGAACAACAAGCUGGAGCAGCUGCUGGCGCAGAUCCUGCAGCGCCUGCAGUGCCCCGGGCCCGGCCGUUGUGACUCGGAGCUGCUGCGGCAGCUGAGCCCGCUGCUGUGCGCGGCCCUGCAGCACCGCAGCCGCCACCUGCGCCAGCUGGGAGCCCAGCUCUGGAACGGCACCUUCGGCAGGGCUGCUUCCCUUGCCUACCCCCGGCAGCUCCGGUCUGUGUUAAGCCAAGCCAAAAAGAAGAUCCCUCUGCUGCUGCCUGGUUUUGAGAGCAUGGAGGUGUCUGAGGAGAGCAGCGGCCCCUUCUCGGAGCUGAUGGAGCAUUCCCAGCUGGAUGCCCGGGUCGGUGGGCUGGAGCUGAAGGUGGGGCAGAAGCAGGGAAUUCUGCGCGAUUCCAUCCUGGCACAGGCGAGCGAGGCCCAGAGCCACGGCCAGGAGCGGCCCAGCAGCGCACAGGCAGCGCCCGCCAAGUUAAAACUGGAAUUUCCAUCUCCUAAGACAACAAGUGAGAUGCUUCUGGAAGAGGAGAAAUCUGUUGAUUUUGUGUUUAUUCCUCCAGAAACAAAACCAAGAAUAUUGACAGAACAUCAGAAGGAAGUGCUUAGGUCAAAGAGAGCUGACAUCCCUGCCAUGUACAACAACCUGGAUGCUUCCCAGGACGCCAGCUCCUUCUCCCAGUGCAGCCAGAGCCAGGAGGAUUCUCUGGAAAUGCCACCUGCAGCAGAAACUGCCAAGGAAGACCCUGCAAAGCAGCCUCGGGAGGAGAACGUGGAGAGUGAAGGAUCUCACUCAGAGGAGAGCCCAGCCCACACCAGCGAGGAGGAGACCAAAAAUGAGGCAGCUGAGAUGGUCCCAGAGGAAACAUCAGCUGGAGAAGAUAUGGAGACAAGAUCUGUGGAAGCAGCUCCUCAGGAGGCCUCAGCAGGGAAGGAGGACACCUCAGGUGUCACCAAGAGCUCAGCAGGGAAGGAGAACACCUCAAAUGUCACCAAGAGCUCAGUAGGGAAGGAGAACACCUCAAAUGACACUUUAGAUGUCACCAACAGCUCAGCAGGGAAGGAGGACACCCCAGAUGUCACCAAGAGCUCAGCAGGGAAGGAGGACACCCCAGAUGUCACCAGCAGCUCGGCCUCCAGUGACGUUGUCUCCGGCACGCCCCAGCCCGUGAGCCGGCGCCAGUCCUUCAUCACGCUGGAGAGGUUCGGGGCUGCAGAGAGCCGGCCCUUCAGCCCAGCCCCGCCGGGCUCUGUGCCGGAGCUGCCUGGGAGCCCUCCUGAGGCAGCCCCGCGGGAGGGCAGCAGGGACAGCAGGGCUGGAGCCAGGGCAGAGAGGGCUGGCGAGGGGGACAGGAACGCCCCGAGAGCCGAGGCCGCCGUGGCCGCGCGCAGGGUGACGCGCCGGCAGAGCAGGAUGGAGCUGCAGGGCAGCAGAGCCCCCAGGCUCCAGGGCAGGCCGGAGGAGCCCCUGGAGGGGCUGGAGAGCCGUGCUGAGCUGGGCUCUGCCGGGCAGGACGUGCAGCACAUCCUGCUCAGGCACUCGCAGGCGCUGCUCUGCACAGAGGCCGACAUCCAGAGCGCCGAGGGCGCCAUCGCCGAGAUGGACGGGGCCCGGGGGCAGGACACGGACUCCAAGGAGAACACCCCCCCAGCGAGCAGCAGCUGCCCCGAGCAGCCCCCGGCGGAGGAGAGCCCGCUGCCCCAGGCCUGCCCGCAGCACAAGCAGCUCCGCCGCUCCGCCAGGAGACGCUCGGAGCCCGCGGAGAGCUCCUCGGGCAGCCAGGACAGGGAGGAGGGGCCCCCCAAGAGAGACAGGAGGAGAGAGGAGGAGAAAGCUGGCCAGAAGAAGCUGUCCCAGGGGAAAGGGGAUGGAUCCCAGAAGCAGAAAGGAGUUGCUGGGAAAACCGCGGAGGGCACAAAGGAGAGCAGCCAGCCCGAGAGAGCGGCAGAGGAGUGGGGCUCCAAGGAGUCCCCUGCCCUCAGGGGGCUGGAGGAGGAGGGGGGCAGAGCCGGCAGGAGGGCAGAGGAGGCGCCCAGGGCAGAGGGGGAAGGCCAGGGCAGCCUCAGCACAGCAGGGCCCAAGGUGGAGCGGCCACGCUACCACACCAGGAGAUCCUCCCAGGGGCUGCUGGCCAGCAUAGAAAACUCUGAGGCUGACGGCUCCGAGGGCAAGGAGGAGAGCACAAAGAAGAAAAAGCCCCUGAGAGUGAGGAGCAGAAGCAAUUCUCUGGAGGGGAAAUUGAAAGAGGGGCAGGCAGGCAGCCAGAGCCCUGAGGGCCCUGCCCAGGGAGGUGACACCAGGAGUGCCCUGGAGGGCAGUAAAGGUGAGCCUGAGCUUGGCACAGGGGCUGCAGGGCCAGCUGAGCCUGGCGGCCUGGAAAAGCAGGAAAUGGCUGCAGAGGCUGAGGGCUCUGGCAGCUCUGAGAGUCCAGGAGCUCUGCAGGACGCCAGCGUGGAGCCCAGCAGGGCUGACACAUCCAUGGAGUCCGUGGGCAGCCCCUGUGAGCCCGAGCAGGACGGGAGGGCGGCAGAGGAGAGGCAGAGCAGCACAGGGCACUGUGCCCCGGGUGCUGAGCCCGCUGUGCAGAGCCCUGAGUGCCACAACAAGAGGAGCAAAAGGGUGAAAAAAAUCAAGAGCUGCGAUUGCUGCUUCAAAAAGCCAAGGCAGCAGGUGCCUGAGUUGAAGCUCUCUGAGUCUAAAAUGGAGAAAGCUGAGCUGGAGGAGCCUGAGAGCACCCAGACCCCAGGCCAGACCCCAGGCCAGAGUGUUUCUGGUCCCUCAGACCUGGAGGAGAGCUUGGCCCUGGCUCCCUGUGGGAUGAGCACUCCAUUGCUCCCUCCUGAGGAGCCCAGCACCUUCAGCCAGGCCAGGCAGGAGAUGGAUGUGAUGGAUGUGAUGGAUGUGGAGAACCUGCAGGGAAGCUCUGUGGGGGUGGAGGAGCAGGAUCCAGAGGAUCCAGAGGCUGCAGCAGCUGAAACCACCGAGUCCAUGGAGGAAAUCAAGGAGCCUGCUGAGCAGAAGGAGCAAACAGAGCAGGUUCUGCCCGAGAGCGUUCCCGAAGAGCCCAGGGAGAGCUGCCUGGACUCAGGGGAGCAGGGGGAAGAACCAGCAGCUGCAGAAAAGGAGGAAAUAAAGGAGAAUGGAGAGCUGGAGGAGGUGCCCGAGGAGCCGAGUGCUGACAGCAAACCUGAGGAAAAGGAGAUGAAGGAGCUGGAAGGAAACCAGGAGGAUAAAGGAGAAGCUGAGAGCUGCGCUGGGGAUGCUCCUGUUGGUGCAGAUGAAGAGAUGAAGGAGGAGCUGGAGGAGAAUGGAAUCCAAGCGCCCGAGGGCGCGGGGCCGAGCGUGGGCUCCCCCCCGAAGGGGGCAGGGGGCGCCCCGGGGGCGGGCACCGAGAGCCCCAGCAGCCUGCAGGCCCGCUGCACAUGGUCCCCCUCCGCCUCCCCCUCCACCAGCAUCCUCAAGAGAGGGGCCAAGAGGAGCCAGGAGGACGAUUCCCUGUCCCCCGCCAACAAGAUCCGUCGAGUCUCUUUUGCAAACCCCAUUUUCCAGGAGGGCCUGGCAGACGACAUCGACAGGAGGAGUCCUGUCAUCAGAUCCCACUCCUCACCCUCCUCCAGGAGCCUUAAAAUCCUCUCCAACAUGCAGCACAUUACCACUCCAACCAAAGGAUUUCUGUCCCCAGGAUCUCGUACCCUUAAAUUUAAGAGCUCAAAGAAGUGUUUAAUCACAGAGAUGGCCAAGGAGUCCCUGCCGUGCCUCUCGGAGUUUGUGUACCCUGCCUUGGCCGGCUGCAAGGCCCCUGUGGACGUCAUUUUACCUCAGAUCACAUCCAACAUCUGUGCCAGGGGCCUGGGGCAGCUCAUCCGAGCCAAGAACAUCAAGACCGUGGGAGACCUGAGCACUCUGACGGCCCUGGAGAUCAAAACCCUCCCCAUCCGCUCCCCCAAGGUCUCCAACGUCAAACGGGCUCUGAGGGGAUUCCACGAGCAGCAGGUGAAAUCUCGGGUGUUGGAGGAAAGCACAGUGCUUGAAGAUGCUGAGAAGCCUGGGAAUGAUGUGGAGGAGAAAUCUCUGAGUGGAGACGAGGAAAAACUUGCAGCAGGUACCUGCUGUGGCAGCAGCAGCAGUGGCAGUGAGCAGCCCACAGCUGUGGACCUGCUGGGGCAGGUGCAGGCCCUGGCAGCCCAGCUGAGCCCCGAGGGGCUGGGUGCCUGCUCGGGCCGGCAGCUGCUGGAGAUGCAGGAGCGGCUGCUGGGCAUGGCCGCGAGCAUCGCGCGGAGCCUGCGGGGCCGCUGGCCCUGCCCGCCCCCCCCGGGCACCCCCGAGUGACCGAGUGACCGGGGAGGGCUCGGUGCCAGCGGGGAGGGCUCGGUGCCAGCGGCCCCGCUGGGCUCCUCACGCUCACCUGCUCCUGCUGUGGGGCUGCGGGGAUUUUCUUAAC